UGGUUUCUAUACGAUGGGCCUACUCUAAAAUAGGUCCACAUUUAUGCAUGGAGGGUAUUCGCAAAGUUCCGCGUCGUUUUCCAACAAAAAUGCUACUGAAGCACCGCCGAGUGUUGCUAGUGAUUGGGCUGAUGGCGGUCUUGUUUGCCGUUCAACCUGUCAACUUCGUAGGUCGCAUUUACGGAGUUGCAAAAGACCUCUGGUACACGGAUGCGUACCUACAGACUAUAAAACCAGUUGCUAUUCACAACAACACGGGCCAAAACAACACGGAGAUUGCUUGCGUCAUCGAGACAUCCCUCGGAAGCUGUGACGGAAUCGGGUUUGCCUCCUUGGUUUUGCAGACGAUAGACGAAAUCACAACAUGCUUGGCGCGGGGGUUCGUCCCAACAGUAAUUUGGACGGACUGUGACUAUUGUGGGACGCCUGGACCUGGCGUCAACUAUUGGACAUGGUAUUUUAAAGCGAUAAAUGAAGGCAUAGAGGAAAGAGCAAAGACCCGAGUUUGCGUGGGACCUUCCACCCCUCUGUUCUACAGUUCAUCGCUUUAUCUGACUCGAUCGGGAGCAACAGGGGAAUUAGAUGAUUUCCGGUUUGCUGACAUGGAACACAAAGUGACGAGGUACAUUCAACCAAUCACAGCAGAAACUCGGACACUUGCCAAUUACGUCAUAUCCGGUUACCUCAAGCCGGCUGAUGGAAUUGAGAAUAGUGUUGAUACGUUCUACCAAUCCUUCAUGGACGGAUACGUUAAUAUAGGUGUACAUUUAAGAUUUCACAGUGGCCAUGUUGGUGAAAUGGACUUCUUUGAGCAGCAAAUGCCCAAACUGCAGUACUUUCUUCAAACCGUACAACGUCUCAUAAACAACAUCAUUGCAACAAACACUGGCAAAGAAAUCCGCAUAUUCGUAGCUUCAGACAAGGACGAAUCAAUUGGCGUAUUCAAAGCAGAGUUCGGAGAUAACAGAGUCUUAAACAUCAACGCUCUGAGGGGAGAAGAGAUGAGCAACAAAUUGCAGAAUAAAGAGUCCGGGCGUUUGCUAGGUGAACAGAUUUUGACCGACAUUUUGUUGCUGGCUAAAUGUGACUAUCUGGUGCAUGACGAGUCUUGUGUUGCGGCUUUGACGUAUUACUACAACAGUAACAUCACAAGUUACUUUGUUAGUGGAGACCCGUUCGACCACAAACGGCUAAACGCACAACCUCGCUUUGAUUCAGACGAGCUUUUCCGCCAGGCCGUUGCCAUGGUGACCAGUAAUAGCCGGGUCCCUAGUGCUUGGCAGGAAAGCUCGUUUCUGAUUGAUCUAGCCAUAAAGUGCCAGGUAGUGUGGGGAUUUUUGAACUCAGAUCUACCCAUGGAAGAUGUUAUGUGUUACUACCAGAAUAUGAAAUGGAGCAAAUGUCAAGAAGAAUUUUUACAAUCACAGUUGGCAAAAAAUAGUGACCUGAGAGGCUUAAUGAACUUUUAAUAAUACAUAUUGUAUAUGAAAAUGUAUUUAACAACAUGUUUCUGUCUACAGACUGUAUUCUAGAACUGACAUUAUAGACACGGGUCUCUUUUGACUAGAGUAGACUGGAGGGACUAGGGUACAAAGCCUACAUGAAUAUGUAGAAAUCCUGUAUGUAAUAUCAAUAGUAUUAUGAUGAUUACUAGUAUAAGCACGGGGGGUAGCUGAGGGUGUGGGCGUCUUAGUUUUUUUUUAAUGUUUAUGUCGGUCAUGUAUGUAAAGUAUUUGUAUUCUUAUAUUGAAAGC